AUGCCGAGAGGAAGUCGACCAAAACCUUCGAAUAAAUUCAUUUCUGAUGAAAUUUUAAAAGAAAUUAAAUCAUAUCGUCCGUUAUGUUUAUUUAUUAAUAAACAAAAGAAAAAAGGAAGUACAGAUAAUCCGUUUACUUUACGAGUAAAGUUUUGUAAAUUAUCAAGCGAUAAACAAGCGAGAUUUUUACAAAAAUCCGUCGAUAAAUAUAUUGAAUUACUUGAUGAAAAAGAUGUAGAUGAACGUGUACAAAUCGAAUGUAGAUUAUUCGAUUAUUUAUUAAUGAAAGGCGAACAGAAGAAAUAUUUUCAAUCGAUUAAUGCACCAGCAAAACCACCCGGAACAACUGUACCUUUUUAUACUCAAGCUGUUAAAGACGAACAUGAUGAUGAAACAUCUUGGAGUUCAUUGAGUACAGCUGAACAACAAAGUUAUAAAAAGAGAAGAAAAGAAGCUAAAUAUGAAUAUUCAGCACAAGUAAGAAAUUUUGCUAAUGAUUUACCCGAACGUCUCCGCACAGACUAUUUACUUUAUGCUGAACAAUUACCAUAUAAAGCUCAAGCAAAUAAUACAUCAUUGUCCACUGGUUUUGAUAAUACGAAUAUUGCAAAUUUAAUUCGUCAACGUCGUAAAUCAUUAACUGCAUUGCCUGAUAGUUUACAAACAACAACAGGUGAUGAUUAUCAUCCAAAAUU